AAAGUAUGUAUGAAGCCCUUACUAGUUAUCUGAUAGCUGUUGGGCUCUAUUCAAAAUUAAUUUGAGGUGUUAACGUUUUUGUCUUGUUAUUCCCGUUUUCUUAUCCAAUUAUUCCACGUCCUAAAUAGGAGGAGGUAGGAAACGUAAAAGUGUCAACAUUUUGACCCUCUAUGUGACACACGUAGCCUAGUCUACUAGCACAGUUCCACUGGUCUGCACAGGUAUUUCCUAGCAGGUGGGUUUAUAUUGACCGGAAGAAGGAGGACCAGAGAGCGACUGGGGGAAAGGGGGGGUGAGAAUUCCUACUGUUUGUAAGUUACAUGUUAACGGGAAACAGUGGAUUCGUGGAAGUUGGGAACAUAGCGUACGUGCUGUCCAUAUUCUAAGACGUUUUUCUAUAUAUUUUGGAAAUAAAUACAGCGAUAGUGUAGUGUAGAGUGGGCUACGACUUUUCGUUUUUGGACUUUAGAGCGGAAAAAAAAAACAGCACGGGAGACUCGACGAACAGGUAAUAAAGACCAUUUCAAAGGCAGCCCACGGGAGUGUGAAAAGGUAACCAGUGCCCCUGUUUUUCUCUCUUGUUUGGGAAAAGAUGGCAGAGAAGAAGAAGGGAAAUCCCGGGAUGGCCAUCUUCAGCCCCUGUCGCGUGGCUGCAGCUGUCAGUCUGACUGUGGUGCUACUAGGGGGCAUCGGAGUAGCGAUCUGGGCCCUGGUUACAUAUUUGACGCAGACAGAAAAUACAGGACUGUAUGAUGUCCAGGUGAGCUCUACAGACAAGCGCCUCCGAGUGUUUGACUCCACCCAGCGCAGGUGGAGGCACAUCUGCUCUUCCAGCGCAGACCAACUUCUGGCCUCCAUCAGCUGUGAGGAGAUGGGCUUUGUCAGGGUGGUGAAUUUCACCAGCAUCCAACGAAGCCAUGACCACGAUUUCUUCUGUGUCAAAGAGAAUGAGCUUACCUAUGGAAAAAAGAUUACAACUGCCCUUUAUCCCUGUGAGUGUGAAAGUGAAGAGAUCCUUGCUUUGACUUGCCAAGAGUGUGGUCGUCGUAGCUUGACUGAGGAGCGUAUAGUUGGAGGAGUGGAUGCGAGGCAGGGCCGCUGGCCGUGGCAGGUCAGCCUGCAGUACGAUGGCGUGCACCAGUGUGGAGGGUCCAUCAUAUCAGACCGCUGGAUAGUCAGCGCUGCUCACUGCUUCCCUGAGCGCUACCGUCAUGUGGGGAGGUGGCGGGUCCUGCUGGGCUCCAUCUACAAUAACCCGGCUCAUAAGAACGUGGUCAUCGCUGAGGUGCAGACUGUGGUCUACCACAGCAGCUACCUGCCCUUCGUCGACCCCAAUGUGGACGACAACAGCCGAGACAUCGCCGUUUUGGCCCUCACCACCCCUCUGCAAUUCACUGACUACGUCCAGCCGGUGUGCCUGCCAACCCACGGCCAGCGGCUGGCAGAGGGCCAGAUGGGGACGGUGACAGGCUGGGGCAACACUGGAUAUUAUGGAGCACUUGCCAACAUUCUACAAGAAACCAGUGUUCCCAUCAUCGGUGACGUUGUGUGUAACGCCCCAGAUUACUAUGACAACCAAAUCACCACCAGCAUGUUCUGCGCUGGAUUUGAGAAGGGUGGGAGUGAUGCCUGCCAGGGAGACAGCGGUGGGCCCUUUGUGGUGGAGGAUUGCCUGUCUAAGACCAGUCGCUACCGGCUGCUGGGCGUGGUGAGCUGGGGCACAGGCUGUGCCAUGGCCAAGAAGCCCGGUGUUUACACCAGAGUGUCCCGCUUCCUGCCAUGGGUAUCCACUGCUAUGAGGACCUAUGAGGGCACUUCUGGAGUACAUAAGAUGGCCCGAACGUGAACUGUGGAAACACCAGUCUGUCAGAUGAGACAAACUAAUAUUUUCCUUGAGUGCUCCUGAAACCACCUAGGGGAAGUAACACUAAUAGCACUUGACUCAAGGAUUCCCUAUCAGUCCUUUCUUAGGAACCUGAUCCUAACUCUGGAUUGAUGCUUGAAUGCUAAAUUGUCACAAAAAAAAGGAUCUAUGAUAAAUAUAAAUAUGUAUAUAUAUAUUUAUAUAUAUAUAAACAUAAAUAUAUAUAUGUAUUUAUAUAUAUAUCUGGCUCUGGCAUAAAAGUGAAGAAAUUAGCCCGUGUUUGUAUGAAAAGGACCAUGAUUGUGCCUUGCAAAUUAAGAGCUUGCUUUGCAUGAUGACAACAAACAUGUCAUCUCAUGUAGCAAAGACAAACUGGUGUAUUUAUAAGCAGUGUGUAUACAUAACCUCUGUUACAAUGAGUGAUAUGAACAGAAAUGGGUAUUGCCCAGCCUUAUUAAUCUCUAGUAAAACAUCAUACUCCCUUUUCAUCUCUUGGAGACAAACAAUUGUAAUUGCGCAUUAGACAGCAUUCUGUGGAAGUGUGAUCAGACACUGUUUCAAUGGGCAUAUCUGAUGUUUUUUAAACCGCUUUGUACAGACCUGAUAAAUCACUAAGUGCAAUUUUUCUUUAAAAGGAGAUACAAGUUUUGGCAAAUUUUGACAACUUUCUCAGAUUUUCCAUUUACCUUACGUGCAGUUAUUCAUCCAAGACAUGCUGUCAGUCCAAAACAUUUGGUAUCCAAAUGUUGUUUUCUCUUUGCCCUUCUGUGUUUUUUUAUUACGCUAAAGUUAGAAAAAGGUUUUCUGGCUCCAGUUCUUCUAUAUGUAUGCCAAAGUCAUCACACAUCUGCCUCAAGAGACGCUUUUAUGCCAAAUAGUGCCAUUUGUACACAAAUGAUUUCACAAAAUAUUGGUAUGCGUUACGAUAUUAAGUCUGUUCAUGUGUGUACCGACCUUCCAUACUGUACUUGUUUCAGACUGGAGCCCUGUUUUACUAUCACUUGUUAGUCAGGGCCUUAGCCUUUUAAAACUGAAACAAAAACAAAAUGCUGUUGCUAAGAGACGGACAAUUGGGCCCUAAGUAUGUCGAGGACUGCAUUGAAGGUAAGGGGAAAUUGUGUGGAAAUUUCGUUUUUGGUAAAGAUGAACCUUUUUGUGACAGUAUUUCUCAUGAACUAUUGGUUUGAGCCACAGCCAGAGUAAUUUUUCAAUACAUAGAGGUAAAAGUAAAAAAUAUAUGAAUUUUUUAUUUUGUAAUCAAUGUUUCGUUAAUGUUUUUUUUUGUUUGUUGUAAAUAUUUGUAGCUCUGUUUAAUUUAGUCUUUUUGACAUGUUGUUUAUGAUUCUUAGUGACUAUAAUAGAAAGUCUUGUCCCACUUUAUUGACAGUAGCUUCAUCUACAAUGUACUAAAGCAUAUCAUUGUAUUGGUUAAGAUGUUUUGACACAGUGUACUUCACAUGUGAGUGUUACAUGUUUCUGAACUAAAUACUGAAAACAAGUAUAUCUUGUAACAUUAGGUUAUUAUAUGAGAAGUACACUGUACUAAAUAUUUAAUUUAUAAUUAAGAACAUUGCACCUCGGUCUACUUUAUUUGAAUGCUUUGGUUUGCUUGGUUUUGUUGUAAGUAAUUGAUCAAGUGGUAGCAUUCAUCUAGCCUGGCACUGCCUUUUCACUAAUACCACUUUGUUCUUCGUGGCCGUGUGAUCAGAAAUGGCCGUACUUCAAAAGUAUAUUUAAAUCGUAUCAGCACCCUGGCACUAUCCAGUGCUGCUUAUUUCCUAAAGAUAACUCUUCUCUUUGGCUGUAUUACUGAUAGCCAAACCAGGUAAUCCGCUCUAGACACUACUCGAGCGAGGGCUGUGAGACUAUGGCUGUAUCACUGAUAGCCAAACCAGGUAAUCCACUCUAGACACUACUCGAGCGAGGGCUGCCAGACUAUACCUCAGCAGAGACUGAGCAGACAUGCAACAGAGCCAUGCCAGGCUAGCUUUCUUCUACCCUUCCAGGAUAUAAUUACAGGACAACUAUUGUAACCCUAUCACAACAACAGUGUAGUGUAAACAUUUCUCUUUCUGUAAACCACAGCCUGUAUUCUGUCUCUCUCUCUCUCUCUCUCUCUCUCUCUUUCUCGCUCUCUCUCUCUCUCUCUCUCUCUCUCCCUCUCUCUCUUUCUCUAUCUCCCAGUCUUUCAGCUGAGGCUUCAGCUUAUGGGGAAGCUGUCCCCUACUGCAGAUUUCAAUAUGACAUGAGAUUGUGAUGGUUUCACGGGUGACAUUUCCUAGUCUACACAGUUUGUUUGUGGUUUACCUUUCACGUGUUUCACUAUCUCCAUGAAAAACAUCAAAUUAAUUUGUGAAUGAAUGUAUAUUUUAAGUUUCCAGACUGAAAAAUAUGAUAUGAUCUAUUGUUGUUCAUAUCUUAAACCAGAGACAUGUACUGUGAUAUUAAACGCUGUAAAAUUAAAUAAAGUUUUAAUUUAG